UUCACAAUACUAAACUCUCUUGGAGUGCUAAUCUCACCUACACACGUCCUGAAGGGUUGAAGAAUGUGGAGCGUCUGGAUGGACGAGUCUGUCUGUAUCUCAGAGAGAGGUCUGAAACCACAUUCAGGGUUAUUCCCUCAUUUGAUGGGGAACCUUCAUGCUAAGAAGUAGAGAAGUAUCACGGUCUGACUGAGGAUCAUGCUCCGUCCUGAUGGUCAUUCACCUCUGUCCAGCACGUCAGCUGAGACUGACCACCACUGCGUCCCUCUGUAUGAGCAAGUGCUGCCCGACAGAGAAAACACUGCCUCCAGCGCUUCAGCAGAUCUCUGUUACACUCACCUGUCUGGGUCGAGGAAGUCUCUGAAAGAAGUCUCUCCUGCUCACGAAGACGGCGUUAAUUUGAACAAAAACACAGUGAAGCCGCCACGGCCGCCAGUUCCCCAAAGACCUGGCAAACUCCUUCUAAGCACACGUUCAUGUGACGUUCCUCCAGAAUACAUGGAUUACAGAGAGAUCCGGUCACCUCCGAUCCCCCCCCGUCCCUCUUCCUCAGAAGCGGUCAGAAGUGACCCGGAUCAGGACCUGUAUGAGGAGAUCUUCGUGCUGCUGGACCAUCAGGAUGCUGGAGAUGAUUGUGCAGGGAAGGGGAAGCGCUUCUCGUGCUCCAGUUUGAUGGAGUCAGACGCCGAUCUGUUUGUCAAAAGUGGGCUUUUGCCAGGUUGGGAUCAUGUGUUUGAUCAGGAGCAGCAGGAGGAUCAUGAUCAGUGCAGACGGUUUGCUCCGACGGUUCAGCAGAUCCGCUCCGGAGUUCAGCUCUACCAACAGGUUCUGUUUCUCCGUGGCACCAAUAUGAUGAACUUCAUCACUCAGCUCAACUGCAUCGCAGACGAACUGGACAAGACGCUGAAGAAAACACGCAUCGCAGGCAUCACAGGUGGCACCACGGGGGCCAUUGGAACUGCAGCUGUAGUAGCAGGCAUGGCUCUGGCACCUGUGACCUUCGGAGCCUCGCUGGCCAUGGCCGGGAUCGGUGUCGGUGUGGCAGCGGCCGGAGGCGUCACCGGAGCCUCAGCCGCCAUCAGCAAGAAGGUCAGAAAGACUCAGAACCGGAGGAAGGUGGAAAAGAUCCUCCGGAGCUACCAGAGCCAGAUGGAGGAUGUGGAGGAGUGCCUGAAGUUCAUCAUCACAGGGAUGGAGCACCUGAGGAGGCUGGAGCCUGCGGUCGACACUGAUGCCGCAGACGUGAUGAUGCUGGCGGAGCGGCUCGUAAACUCCGACAUCAUCGGCGCUCUGAGCGAAAACACUCGCGCUGUCCAGGCCUUCACCGCAGAUCUGGAUUCGUACUUCACUAAAGACGACACACAGAGGCUGAAGAAAGGCUCGGAGAGCCUGUUUGCUGCUAAGAUCCGAGAGGUGGCUCUGAAACUCAAAGAGAACAUUGACCAGCUCAUACGCAUCAAAAACAUGUUCAUGUGCUAAAGAGCCCACAAAACCACAUGUUUCCAUCUGAAACUCCUCUGAUUUCACAAGUUUGUGGCCUCACUUAGGUUCAGUGUGAGCUCUGAAGCUUCCAUGAAGACUUUUAACAUCUUUAAUCUUUCCAUUCCACAAAAGGUUAUUUUUCUAGUGGUAAAUUGUUCUUUAUGUUAUUAAAAUAUUCUUCACACAAGAAGUGUUUGGGUUUUUAUCCAAAGCGACUUACAAAUGAGGACAAUGGAAGCAAUCAAAAUCAACAAAAGGAAAUGCUCUUGA